AGUAGGGUUAUAUUUUUUAAAUAGUCAGAAUGAAUGAUGGUAGUCCUGUAUUGAUAAAUAACAACUACUUAUGUAUACGAAAGAGAGAGUCUGCUUUAGGAUAUUACAGUCCUUAGAUUACACGUGAUAGCUGACCGUCUCUGUUAUUAGCACGUUAGAUUGAAAUUAAGCGCUACAUGGGUACAAACUUUUACAAAAGAACGAUAUAUUAUCUUCGCUAAUUGCACCAAAAUGAACUUGCGCAGGAUAUGUGUGUUAAGAUGUAAAUCGCUGUUAAAUAGCAAGUAUCUUAGGACCAGUCAGAUCGUUGGUGUUCGUAAGCUAACCUCUCCAUCUGGAUCCAGCCCCAAGGUGUGCAUUGUUGGUGGAGGACCAGCAGGCUUCUAUACUGCUCAGCAUCUACUGAAGAGCCGCCUGGAUAUACAGGUGGAUUUGUUCGAGCGCCUGCCUGUCCCCUUCGGCCUGGUGCGGUUUGGGGUUGCGCCUGACCAUCCAGAAGUCAAGAAUGUCAUCAACACCUUCACCCAGACUGCCCUGCAUGAGCGCUGCAACUUCUUUGGUAAUGUCGGCGUUGGGAAAGACGUGAGCGUGGCGGAGCUGCGGCAGGCGUAUCACGCUGUGGUCCUGAGCUAUGGAGCGGAGGGGAAUCGACGUCUCGGCAUUCCGGGUGAAGAUCUACGAGGAGUCUACUCUGCCAAAGACUUCGUUGGCUGGUAUAAUGGACUUCCUGGCAACAAGGAACUGAGACCAGACCUUAGCAGUGAGACUGCAGUGGUUCUGGGCCAAGGGAAUGUGGCACUGGAUGUUGCCAGGAUACUGCUUUCACCUCUGGACAUUCUGAAGAAGACCGAUAUCACACAGCCCUCCCUCGAGGCCCUGGCAGAAAGUCAAGUGCAAAGAGUCCUCAUUGUGGGCCGGCGAGGACCCCUCCAAGUGGCCUGUACCAUAAAGGAACUCAGGGAGAUGGUCAACCUUCCAGGUACCAUGCCAGAUAUGGUGACUACUGACUUUGAGGGAGUUGCGAGUGUGCUAAAAGACCUGUCCAGGCCAAGAAAGCGGCUGACAGAGCUCCUGCUUAAGGCUGCACAGGGGGCUGCAUCCAGGCAGGCGGGAGCUUCCCGUCAGUGGGGCUUCCACUUCCUGCGUAGCCCCCUAGAGAUCCUGCCCGCUGAUGACUUGACGAGCACCGCUGGGAUCCGACUGGCCGUGAACGUGCUGGAGGGCUCACACGAAGGGGCACGGGCAGUGCCGACGGGUGAGGUGGAGGAGUUGAAGUGCGGGAUGGUGAUCAGCAGCAUUGGCUACCGGAGCCUGUGCAUCGAUCCCGCUGUGCCUUUUGACCACCAUAAAGCCAUAAUCCCCAACACAGUGGGCAGAGUGCAGACUGGAGCUGGUUUGUACUGCAGUGGGUGGGUGAAGCGUGGACCUACCGGCGUGAUCGCCACGACGAUGAAUGACAGCUUCGACACCGCCCGGUCACUACUACAGGACAUAGAGGCUGGAGUAAUUGACGUGUAUUCCGUGAAGCCAGGUUCAAGGGCUGUCCUCUCCUCGCUGGACAGCCGAGGUGUGAAGUGGGUGUCUUUCUCAGACUGGGAGAAGAUUGACAAAGAGGAGGUCAGAAGAGGCCAGAGAGUAGGAAGGCCCAGGGAGAAGAUCUUGGAUGUAGCAGAGAUGCUAAGGGUGGCCCACUCUUGAGGACUCCACUCAGUUUACACAUAGCUACAUGUCUAGUUCAUCAUUCCAAGUGAAGUAAUUAGAGAAUAUUCAGUUAUGAGUACCAGUGUUAUGUGCAAUACUGUUGAGAAACUGAUUAAUAGUUUACCAAUUUAGCCUCUUUUACUAUUGUUGUUUGUUUUUUAACUUGAAAUUCACCAGAUAAUAAAAGUAUGAUUCUUUUGUAUUUAUAAGAAGCACUUGAAGUGCUGUUAAUUCAGUUUAUCAGAAUUAACUGUUUGACAUGAAUUUUCUCCUUUUACACAAUUACCAAGUUAUGUAAAGUGAUAUUUUACUGAAACAGUGUGAAUUGCAUUGCACAACAUCUUUGUGUCAGUUAUUAGGUGAUUAGUAAAGGCUCCCUCUUGAGGUCUCAGUAACACCUAAUGUUUCAAGCCCAGUAAGUGAAGCCCUUGUCUCUUUCGAGUGGCUCGUCACUUCACUCCACAUCCAAUGUGGAAAAUUACCCAAUAUUAGCUUGAGGCAGACCAUAAACUAUAAAUAAAUAUAGACAGACAUCAAUGCAAAUAUUUGGUAGGCACUGCAGGUGUGCUUCCGGUCACUACAUUCUGAAUAAUGUUACUGAUCAGCCAGAACAUAACAUCCUACAGAGAGCAAUUACAGCAGGUAACUCUAUUAUGUCAUUUAAAUUCCUUGUACUGAUUGGUGAUUUCUGCCUAAAAAUGUAGUAAACAUUAAAUGAUUUUGCAGUUAAA